AUGCCUUCUCCUCACUUGGAGUUGGGCAUCCUCCCCAGUGCAAACUCACUCCAGACUCCCACAUCACCCAAACACAUCCCAGCAAUCAGGAGGAUCCAAGUAAACAAGACCUUCUAUGAGGUGCUCAAUGUAUUAUUCUUGAGCACAAGCUUUCUAGGAAGGGGUACUGUUUGUUACCUCACAUGCUACAAUGGGGAAUACUACAUCAUCAAGGAUUAUUGGGUGGAGGAGUCAGAGCAGAGGACAGCCCUGCACAAAGUCAACAUGAUGAAGCUGGUCCAGGACAUCAAUGGAGUUCCCAAGUUGCAACACUACUGGGUCAUCGAGCAGGCUCUUGAGAGGGGUGUCCUCCAUCAAGAUUGUAGCAUCAACAAUAUGAUGAUCAAGGACUUCACAAAUGGGUCAUGUGGCUUUCUCCUUGACUGGGAAUUUGCUGUGCAGGUCAUGUUACAGGGGGAAUAUGACUUGGGUGGCACAUAUGCAAAGGGGACGGUCCCCUUCCUUUCAGUGAAUAUCCUUUGCCAACUCAAGGAAGCCAUCACUAAAAGUGGAAAGACUAAUGUCCCAUUGAUCUGGAAAAGCGCCUCUCUCACCCAUGUAUUCAUCAAUCACCCUACUACUAUACACCAUACAUUUGUGGACAAUAUCGAAUCCCUGUUCUAUGUUUUCAUCUGGAUCCUCAUCCUUUAUGAUGGGCCACUUGGCCACAAGCAUCAAGAUAUCAGCCAUGAAAAGACACUUCUUGGCUUGUGGAGUGAAAAGGCAGCCAAAGAUCUCAAAAUUGCCAGAUGCACCAAGUUCACAUUCCUUAAUGACCCAUCUGAAUCAAGGCUGGAUUCCAAGGUCUCACAAUAUUUUCAAGAUCUAAUCCCUCUGGCUAAUGAGUGCAUGCCAUAUGAGAAACCACUGGAGAUGACAAAUGCAUUCCAGCAGAUCAUCACCCAGCACAAAGUGCUUAAUUCAAGCAUGCAUCUGAGUCAGGAGAACGAUAUGGAUGUUAUGUCUUUGGCAAUUAUGUCUUCUAAAUGCCUUUGUGAAGAGGUAAGGAACAUGGAUAACCCUCCUAUACCCAAUAAAUGCUUCAAAGAUGUCCACCCAAUCUGGAACAAUCCUGCUGAAAAAGAAGGAUAG